CCUACCUUUGACCUUCUAUUCUCUAUAAUUAAUAGAAUACAACAUUAUAACCGGUAUACCAACAAUUAUUACCUUUGUAUUAAGCGGUUUGUCCAAGGUACUCUCUAUCUUAAGGAUCCAAUAUUCAAAGUAUGCCGGUUUCACUUUCCUAGGAAUUACUACCCAGAAGUAUAUUUUAUAUACAGUCUCAACCUAAAGUAUUAA